GAGUGGGAGAGAGAGAGAGAGAGACAGAGAGAGCGAGAGAGGGAGGGGCGUUGUCAUCGAGAUGUCCUUCAUCUACAGCUCCGGGAAAAGAGUGUGUGGAUCAGAACGAGAGCAUCCGACGCUCACAGCAGCCACUGCACGCCUCCAGUAUCAGCUGAAAGAUAAACGCAGGUGAAAAUGGGCGUGUCCAAAGUUCUGCUCGGCCUCGCCCACCUUACGAGUCUAUUGGCCGCCGCUGUGAUGAGUCACGAGGGGGCGUGUCUGCGGGACGGGAGGCACAAAGCCACGCCCAGCCCAGAGCCUCAUCUCAAGCAGUGUUCGCUCUACAUGGAGAACUCGUGUUGUUCAGAGAAGGAUGUCCAGGAUCUGUCCGGCUCUGUGUCCGGCGUGGACAGCUCUCACUGGGAUAAGUGUGGUGUCCUCAGCCCUCUCUGUGAGUCCUUCCUGAAGCGCGUCGUCUGUUUUUACCGCUGUUCUCCUGAUGCUGCUCGCUGGCCACACCCACAUCAUGACUCCUCCCUGAAGGCAGUGCCUCUGUGUCACAGUUUCUGCAGAGAUUGGUACGAGGCCUGUAAAAUGGACAUGACAUGUGCUCGGGACUGGUCCACUGACCCACGCGGACAGAACUGCAGCGGCGGCUGUGUGCCGUACAAACAGAUGUACCAGCACGGCCGAGACCUCUGCGAGAGUCUUUGGGGAGACGCUUUCAUGACAGUUGAAGACGACCCCGGGGAGGAAGACGGUGUUGAAGGCCAUAGCUGCGGCUGUCUGACCCUCAGCCCAUCUGAUCGAGAGGUGAUCGCCGCUCUGAGGGUUCAGGAAGGAGACCCUGAAGAACUGGACACCACCAAGAGUGGCCUGCCGCAGUACAGAGCCCCCUGCCCUCCCGCAGGGCCUCAGACGCACAGCGCCACAGCGCCGCCACAGGCUCGGAGGAGCAGUGCCAACGCCGUACUGCGCAAGCGCUCCGUACUCGCCAGCGACAUGGAGGGCAGCGGAAGCGGAUUCUAGGAGAGCUGUGUUCUAGAUCUGACUAAUGUUUGUUAUUGAGUAUUUUAUCUUAUCAGUUGAGUUUACAGUAAACUAAUGCAGUGAGGUUUCUACAGUAUUGUCUAUUUAACACAGUCAACAAAACAAUCCUGUUUAGACUAAAGCUACUUCUGUAACAUAAAAUUCUGCUUAUUUGAACCUGUUUAAGGUAACAUCAAAAGUUGAAUUUAGGUCUGAAUAACACUUUACAAUAAGAUUUCCAUUGUUAACAUUAGUUUACUACACUAAUAAACAUGAAUGAACGAUAAUACUUCUACAUCA